AUGAACAAGGCUAACUCGACUACGACUCGUUGUUUAUCUGUUCUUGUAGGAGGAGGAGGAGAAGGAUCCACAACAGGAAAUUUGAACAAUACUAGUGGUAGUAGUAGUAGUAUUAUUAUUGGUGGUAGUAGUAGUAGUAGUAGCAAUAGAGAGACUAUCAGUCCGCCGACCAUCCGAAAAGUAAAUACAGCAUCCAUCCACACCAACACCAACACAUCACCUUUUCAGUCGGAAGUUGUGGAUUACAUUUCUCAUUCCGACGAAGAAGCGAGCCACGAAGAAGAAAUAACAAAACCAUUAUUUAAAGAUUGUACAAUGUUUAGCGAGACAUCACAUAUCAUGGGAAGUCCAUGUCUCGAUGUGGAUCAAUUUUUAGAUCCUGAAACUGAAAAAUUGAAAUCUUAUGAUCGAAGAAAUAUCUUUGAAAAACUUUUUGAUUUUACGCUCCGAAGAAAGAAAUAUUUUGGAAGAACGAUUUUUCUUAAUGGACAAACGGUACCGAAAGGAAAGAAAUAUCCUGCUAAUGUGGUUCGAAAUAGGAGAUAUAAUUUUAUAACAUUUCUUCCUCUGGUUUUAUUCGAACAAUUCAAGUUCUUUUUUAAUUUAUAUUUUCUUGUGGUGGCACUGAGUCAGAUCAUUCCACAGUUACAAGUUGGUUUUUUAUUUACCUAUGUGGCUCCAUUAGCGUUUGUUUUGUGUGUUACUUUGUUGAAAGAAGCCUAUGAUGACAUUAAACGAUGGAGAAGAGACAUUGAAUCUAAUAGCCAGAAAUUUAAGAGACUUUCUAAAAAUUCUACUUUUGAAACAGUUCCAAGCUCAAAAAUCAAAGUGGGUGACAUUAUUCAAAUUGAAACUGAUCAGAGAAUACCAGCAGAUUGCAUUUUGCUUCGAACGACAGAAAAAAGUGGAGCAUCAUUUAUCAGAACCGAUCAACUUGAUGGUGAGACAGAUCAAAAACUGAGACAUGCUAUUCCUACUACACAAAAACUUUCGUCUGACUUUGAUUUAAGGCGAAUCACUGCGUGUGUUUUUGCAGAAAAACCAAAGAAAGAAAUUUAUGAUUUUAUCGGAAAUUUCACACUCUAUUCGACAGAUGGACGAGUGGAGGUGGUGGAACCUUUAAGCUUAGAAAAUACAUUAUGGGCGAAUACAGUCGUUGCCACGGGUACAGUAAUUGCUCUGGUCAUUUACACAGGUGCCGAAACGAGAAGUGCACUGAACGCAAGUGAGCCAAGAUCAAAAGUUGGAAAACUGGAUCGUGAACUGAAUACCUUGUCUAAAUUUUUAUUCUGUCUAAUGGUCGUUGUGAGUGUACUGAUGGUAGCACUGAAACAAUUCCAAGGUCUUUGGUACAUUACCAUUUUUAGAUUUGUGUUACUGUUCUCUUCGAUCAUUCCAAUCAGCUUGAGAGUGAACUUGGAUAUGGGUAAAACAGUAUAUAGCUUCUUUAUAAUGAAGGAUAAGAAGAUUCCUGGUACAAUCGUUCGAAACUCCUCAAUUCCAGAAGAAUUAGGUCGAAUUAAUUAUUUAUUUACCGAUAAGACUGGAACAUUGACACAAAAUGUUAUGAUUUUCAAAAAACUACAUUUAGGAAACAUCUCAUUUGACGAAGAGGCAUUAACGGACAUAUUGGAACAUGUAGAAAAAACAUAUAAGGGACAAAAUGUAACGAACAAUGACCUACAAGUUAAGGAAUUUAUUGAAGCUCUUGCUUUGUGCCACAAUGUGACACCAAUUGAUCCUACCUCUACACAUCAUCAUCGUGAAGAAAGCAUGUAUCAAGAUGAAGAUGGUGCAGCCGUUCAAACUGACAUUCAACUAAACAAUUCUGAGAGAGAAUAUCAAGGUAGUUCACCUGACGAAAUUGCACUUGUGAAAUUUGCAGAAAAAUCAGGAUUAAUUCUUGAAAGCAGAACAUUGAACUCAAUGACUUUGAAAAAUCCUCUUGGAGAAUUUGAAGAAUAUGAGGUGUUAAAUAUUUUCCCUUUUACAUCAGCCUCCAAGCGGAUGGGUAUUAUUGUGAAAUUCCUCUCGAGUGGCAAGAUUGUAUUUUAUUGUAAAGGUGCUGACUCUGUGAUGAAACAACUUGUAAAGGCAUCACAAAGCGAGUGGUUAGAUGAAGAAGCAGACAAUAUGGCUAGAGAAGGAUUGAGAACAUUGGUAUUUGGAAGUAAGGUUUUAACUGAAGACCAAUACAUUCAAUUCCAUAAUGAAUACAAAAAAGCAUCUGCCCUCAUUAAUGAUCGAGCAUCUGAAAUGGAACGAGUACGUCAAAAGUAUUUGGAAUGUGAAAUGAAUUUAUUGGGUGUGACUGGUGUUGAGGAUAAGCUUCAAGAAAAUGUACAACGAAGUCUUGAACAACUUCGACAUGCUGGUGUGAAAGUAUGGAUGCUUACAGGAGAUAAAGUCGAGACUGCAAUUUGUAUUUCGAGAAGUACAAAACUUGUGGCAAGAGGUCAAUUUAUUUUCGAAGUCAUCUCCAAUGAUGAGAAAAGAAUUGAGGAAUUAUUGGAAGAAUAUGAAACUGAAUAUGCUUCUUCAGGUGCUGGAUUUUUAAUUGAUGGAACAACCCUUCAUAUUGCUUUAGAAAAGUUACCAAACAAGUUUGUAUCAGCUGCCUGCAAAGCUACGAGUGUGGUGUGUUGCAGGUGCAGUCCAACUCAAAAAGCAGAAGUUGUCUCUCUUGUUAAGAAAAAGACAAAAAAUCAAACGGCUGCUAUUGGAGAUGGAGGAAAUGAUGUCUCUAUGAUUUUAUGUGCUGAUGUUGGAAUAGGAAUAGAAGGAAAAGAAGGAAAACAUGCUUCUUUAGCAGCAGAUUUUUCGAUCAAACAAUUUUCAUAUUGCACUGAUUUAAUCUUGUGGCAUGGAAGAAAUUCUUACAAACGAUCUGCUGCUUUAGGACAAUUUAUCAUUCAUAGAGGGUUAAUCAUUUCUGUCAUUCAGGCCAUAUUCUCAGCCAUGUUUUACUUUUCAACAAUUCCUAUUUUCACAGGGUGGCUUUUAGUGGGAUAUUCAACCUAUUACACGAACUUUCCAGUAUUCUCAUUAGUGUUGGAUGAAGAUGUUAAGAGAGAAACAGUGUAUCUAUUCCCAGAACUCUAUAAGGAGCUUCAAAAAGGGAGAGUCCUUUCAUUUAAAACAUUUCUCAUUUGGACUCUCAAAGCUGUUUACCAAGGUGGUAUUAUAAUGAUCCUCGCCAUCUUUUUAUUUGAAAAUAACUUUUUGAGAAUUCAAAGUAUUAGCUUCACGGCUCUUAUUUUAACAGAAAUUGUGAUGGUUUCUAUUGAAGUCCAUCGUAAGCUUAAUCCUCUGAUUAUUCUUUCGGAAAUUCUUUCAAUUGCAAUCUACUUUGCUUCCAUUUUCCUAUUGCCUACCUACUUUGACACUGCUUUUAUAAUGACUUUCGACUUUUGGUGGAAGUCAGUGGUGAUUACCGUUGCAGCGACAGUGGUGAUUGUGGUUGCCAAGUUGGUGCAUAGCAAGAUCAAUCCUCCUGUGUGGAGCAAGUUGAACGAAUCAUUUUUGUAG